UUCCGGGAUAUGAGCCGCAAGAGGCAUCGUCUGAUCCCGGAGAGUUUCGGACUGAAGAGGCGGCGGGAGCCAGGGGAUGUAGAAGCGGAUCCGCUGAGGGGAGAGUCAGGGUCGGCGCGCGCGGCUGUAGCGGAGCUGAUGCGGCUCUUCCCGCGAGGCCUGUUCGAGGAUGCGCUGCCGCCCAUCGCGCUGAGGAGCCAGGUGUACAGCCUCGUGCCCGACCGGACGGUGGCCGAUCGGCAGCUGAAGGAGCUUCAAGAGCAGGGGGAGAUCAGAGUUGUCCAGCUGGGCUUUGACUUGGAUGCCCAUGGAAUUAUCUUCACCGAGGACUACAGGACCAAAGUCCUCAAGGUCUGCGAUGGCCGACCUUAUGCUGGAGCGGUACAGAAGUUUCUGGCUUCAGUGCUUCCAGCCUGUGGGGAUCUUAGCUUCCAGCAGGAACAGAUGACUCAGACCUUUGGCUUCAGGGACCCAGAAAUCACGCAGCUGGUGAACGCUGGCGUCCUCACUGUCCGUGAUGCUGGGAGCUGGUGGCUAGCCGUGCCUGGAGCCGGGAGAUUCAUCAAGUAUUUUCUUCCAGGGCGCCAGGCUGUCCUUGGCAUGGUCCGGAAGGCCAAGUACCGGGAGCUGCUCCUGUCGGAGCUUCUAGGCCGGCGGGCACCUGCCGCGGUGCGGCUCGGCCUCGCCUAUCAUGUGCAUGACCUGAUCGGGGCCCAGCUGGUGGACUGUAUCUCCACCACUUCUGGAACCCUCCUCCGCCUGCCAGAGACAUGAGGAUUCUGCUCGUCGUUGAACAUCUCCUCCGAAUGGGGCAAGAGGGUCCCUGGAGUGCUGGCCAGCAGUGUCUGAGACAGGGUCACUUUGGGAAGGCUUGGGAGCCAGGAUGACUGUUUGACUUGCAUCUGCACAAAGGGUCUGACGUGACUGCUUUUGUUUACAUGGGCUCUGACCCAGCGGUGGGGUUUGGGCAAUGCUUCCCUGCCCUUCCAUGGCAGACACUGCCAAGGCCGUUCAUGUAAAAAAGUGCUGAUGUUAUUCUGUCUUGGGAUAGCAAGGUGGGAUGUCUGGGGAGGCUGGUUAAGGAGGGCAGGGUUCUCUUCCUUAUAUGUUGGUGCUGAAAUUGCCAAAUAAAGUAUUUCUGCCCACGAUA